AGACUAGGAGCUACUUUUACUGCUUUGCUCCAUGUACCCCGCAUGGCACUGGACCACUUCCUGAUCCUCUCUGCCCACACACUGAGGAGUGGGGAGCUCAGAUCAGCGGCUGAGCCUCUAAAAGGAGUGGUCGAGGCGUACUCCGGCGAUAUGGAGGUUCACGCAACUCCUCGUUGAUCGAUGGGGUAAGAAACACCCCAAGCCGGAGACGGGCUGGAAUGGAUGGCACACGAUGCCUGGUCCCGUCUAUCUGGUAUACAUACAUAGAGGAACGGAACCGUACCUGCUCGUGCAACAUCUCUCUCUUCUGUGCUGCUCAGGUACCUACCAGUAUUGAUUAGGUCAUCAUUGAUAUCACGAAGAAACGACACGCGGAUACAUACACACUCCACCCGGGCCCAUUCAGUAUAGAAGAUCGCAGCAUGUCGGACGACAACAAGUAUAUCCGCUGGGAUGCGGAGGGAGUCGAGGUGGAGCAGCCGGGUGAGAAGGAGAAGAUUUGGGAAGUCUCGGAACAGUUCAAGCGGAUGCAGAUGAUGAACUUCAAUGAGCACCAUCACUGCCUGCGGGGAACACACUUGAAGACGCAGGGCUGUGUGAUUGGCAAGCUGUCCGUCCGCAGUGAUCUGCCUCCUGUUCUCGCUCAGGGCAUGUUCAAAAAGGCGGGAACCUAUGACUGCAUUAUGCGCUAUUCAUCCCUCACGCCCAAACUGGUACCAGACAACGUGCCAGCCCCACGGGGAGUGGGCCUCAAGGUCUUUGGGGUCGAGGGAGAGAAGAUCUGGGGAGAGGAUAAGAAGACACAGGAUUGGACAUUUAACAACUACCCCGUUUUGGAACUCCGCACUCCUGUGGCGACUUGCGAAAUCGCAGACAGCCUCGAGAAGAACUGGAAUCAGCUGGACAAGUUCGUCGACUACCUCAAGUCGCGCGACGAUCACGAGGUCGCAUGCGCACCCGCAGCCAUUCCCCGACAGCACAUGGUGGCAAUGACCCAGUGGUCGCAAUCCGCAUAUCGAUAUGGCAACAAUGUGGCCAAGGUCGCCCUCUUCCCCGAAGGCGAGGAGCAGAAGAAGCUGGAAAAGGAGUACAUCGAUGACGACGCUGCCAUCAACAUUCUCUCGCAGCACACCCGAGCAUUCCACCAGAAGCACAAAGUCACCUACUCUUUCAAGGUGCAAUUGCUCGAGAACUUGGCAGAACAGCCCGUGGACGACAUUGGCGUCGAGUGGGAUGCGAACAAGUACCCCUGGCACGAGGUGGCACGACUGGAAUUCGACCCUCAAGAUUCGUGGCUACCAGAAUUUCGAGUUUGGUGGGACGACCAAAUCACAGUCAAUGGCUGGCACGGACUGAAGGAGCACCAGCCUCUCGGCAGCUCCAACCGGAUGCGCAGAGUGGUGUAUGCAGAGAGCAGGAAGCUUCGUCUGCGUGUCAACGGAUACAAGGACUACAUCGAGCCUGCCAGUUUGGCCGAAGUACCAGCACCCAUUCCUGCUCUUCUCCAGAAGAUCAACCCCGAAGCCGGCCAGAAGGUGGCAUAUUCGGCAGACUUGAAGGUGUAGUGCUUGGACUGGGGCUUUUUCAUUCUUGUUAUACUAGUCGCAGUGUUGUUAUUCAAUACAACUUGAUGCCGGUAUAUGUACAUGUCUGCAGAUUGGCAUCACUCGUGUGUUUCACAGCGCUACUGUCCACGCGCUCACAGGUCGAGAUGCACAAGUAAGGUAAGGUGCCUACAUGUAUAUGUAGCGAUUCUUGGUUGUCGCAUAUGACGUUGCAAGGAUUCCUCACUGUGGCCAUUCAAUCAGGCAGAACAUUUAUCCCGAGCGGAAAUCAUCGAGGGUCGACAUUGGAAGACCUGGUCACCAGAAGAGAUGCUUUGGGAAGUGCGUCUGCGAUGGGUCGCCAUGCGUCGCUGCACCCGCUUUCUCUCUUCCCGGUGAAGGUGGCCAAGGUUGACUGGGCGGCUGCAUCUGCGGCUGCGGCACCACGUGUUGAUGUUGAUGCUGCUGCUGUUGAUGUUGAUGAUGUUGUUGUUGAGCGACACGCGUGUGAUUGGAUAUCGAGAACAAGGCCUCGCCGGCUUCUCUCGUCUCUUCGCUAUAGCGCCGCUCCGUGCGGGCGGCGGCAGUAACGUGCUCCGUCUGCGGCCAGGCGUCGUGUUGCGUGUGGACGGCAGAGGAGGUCGCUGGGAAGGGGUCAUUAUGGUGGAUGGCGGACAUGGCAGAUCUAGCAGCAGAAGGGGUGGAAGAAGAGGGCGAGGGCAUGACAGCGACAGCGACAGUGCCAUCGCGUGGGGGGGCAUGAUAGGGCGGCCGUGUUCCUGCUGCCCCUUCUACUUCCAGGGAAGGAUCGUAGACACUUUGGGGUUGUUGCUGCUCGGGCUGAGCCGCGGGCGUCGAAGUCGUCGAUCGGUAGGAUUGACGCGCCUUCUCCCACGCGCGGAUAGAGUCCAGUCUUGUCAAGGGAAAGUGCGACCAGUGCUCCUGCCCAGACAUGGCACUGCUCCAGGUCUGGUGGCUCGGGGCAUGGGCAGAAGUGGCGGCGUGGCGGUGCAGCACAUCCAGCAGUUCGGCGUCAGUCACGCGUGGCAAGAGUGCCAGCAACAGGCGCUCUGUUUCCUGUAGACGGUCUUGCAGCGAGCGCAGGUAGUCCUUGGCCGGCCCUCGCUUCUUCGUCUCACUCCACCAGCACUCCUCGUUGUGCAGCCGACACUGAUCACACACGGGCCUUUCUCCACUACACUUCUGUCUUUUGCCACGGCACACAGCGCACGCAGCGGUGAUACGAGAGCGCCGGGGCUUGUCAGGAGCUGAGGUCGGCAUGUGGGAUAAUAGCUCACGUGAUGGAUAUGGUGUGCUGAUCUCGUCUCG